UAUCGAUAUACUUACAAUAUACACUGCAGUUAAUUGACAAUCACAAGAAGACGCGUACACAACAUUUGCAACAAAAAGCGCGCGUAGAGCAUUCGACGUGCGAAAUCAUAUGAAUAAACAAAUCAAGAAACCCUAUCAAAACACAAUAAGCAAUAAUCAUGGGAAUUUUAGGUCUUUCAAAGCUUAUUGCAGACAUGGCGCCACUGGCCAUAAGGGAAAGUGAAAUAAAAAACUUUUUUGGUCGCAAAGUUGCAAUUGAUGCCAGCAUGUGUUUGUAUCAGUUUCUGAUCGCAGUACGAUCGGAGGGCGCGCAACUGGCUACAGUAAAUGGGGAUCCAACCUCACAUCUGAUGGGAAUGUUCUAUCGUACCAUUCGGCUGUUAGACAAUGGCAUAAAGCCGGUCUAUGUCUUCGAUGGAAAGCCGCCAGAUUUGAAAGCCGGCGAACUUGCCAAGCGUGCCGAACGUCGUGAGGAGGCUGAAAAGGCACUCAAACUAGCCACCGAUGCGGGUGAUGAGGCGGAAAUAGAGAAAUUUAAUCGUCGUCUAGUGCGGGUCACAAAGGAACAUUCGAAUGAAGCCAAACAGCUACUGAAGCUCAUGGGCGUUCCAUAUGUGGACGCGCCAUGCGAAGCUGAGGCGCAAUGCGCUGCUCUAGUCAAGGCAGGCAAAGUUUAUGCUACAGCAACGGAGGAUAUGGAUGCACUAACCUUCGGAUCUUGCAAGCUACUCCGUUACCUCACGUACAGCGAAGCGCGAAAAAUGCCCGUCAAAGAGUUCAGCUACGACAAGGUGCUGCAGGGCCUGGAGCUAACAAGCAAGGAGUUUAUUGAUCUGUGCAUUCUCAUGGGCUGCGAUUACUGCGACAGCAUCAAGGGCGUCGGACCUAAGCGCGCUAUAGAGCUAAUCAAAAGCUAUAGAGACAUUGAGACUAUAUUGGAGAACAUUGACACCAGCAAGUAUACAGUGCCAGAGAAUUGGAACUAUAAGCGAGCCCGGGAACUGUUUGUUGAACCAGAAGUAACCGAUGCCAGCGACAUUGAUCUCAAAUGGACGGCUCCCGAUGAGGAUGGCUUGGUGCAGUUUCUAUGCGGCGAUCGUCAGUUCAAUGAGGAGCGUGUACGCAAUGGUGCCAAGAAGCUGCUCAAGUCUAAGCAGGCACAAACACAGGUCCGACUGGAUAGCUUCUUCAAAACAAUGCCAAGUACUCCUAAUGCAAACGCCAGUGCUGCUGCCAAGCGCAAGGCCGAAGAGAGUAAGAAGAGUGCUAACAAUAAGAAGGCGAAAACAAGCGGCGGCAGCGGUGCUGCACGCGGCAGAAGACCAAAAUAAUAUUUCCCAACGAAAAAAAUACAAAUUUCUUUAAUUUAACCACAAAAUCAUAUUGCUACACUUUAA